CGAGACAUUCAAAUCUCAUCUUUGUUUGUUUGUCGUACUUGAACUUUAGAUGCGUUUUCUAUACACGGUUAUCGAUUAUCUUCAUGAAAUGCACAUUCAUUACUGAUUAAUUAAGAGGCUAUAGUGAUGUUACUGGCAUGUGCCUAAAACAAACGACAAGCCAUGCGGAAAAUUUGGCUUUCGGAGAAUCGCUUUAAGCAAGGUUUCCCCCAAAGACAAAACUUCUAGCUUUAUCAAGUCAGUCUGGGGGAAAAUGUUUUUUUGAGAUUCAUUUCUAAUAGGCUGUGUAAUAUUCAACCCAAAGAAUUGUUUAAAAGAYGACUUAGUUUGGAUCUAUAGGGUGCAAUGGCUCUUUGUAAACAGAAAGAGUUCUUAGAACUUUCAUUUUUCCUAGAAGCCACGUAUAUGUUUGCGUCUGUUUGUUUUAUCGGGUGUCUUCAUGGGGCCAGCUGUUAASUGAUUCAAAGGAUUCUCCUCAGAAUUUGGUUGUUAACAAAAGGAUACAGUAUGUUCUUUGAAGGUCAUUUAUUUAUAUUUUAAAACACUAGCGCAUAGUUGGCAAAAAGCUCUAAUAGUUGUCAAUCUAGAUCUUCGAUAGGGCGGAGGAAAAGUUACUUARAUAUUCACUUCCCAUGGUAGUCCAAACUUAAGACAGUUUGAAAAGAUGACUUUAUUUGGACCUAUAAGAUGCAAGGCCCUUUGUAAACAGAAAAAGUUCUUAGAACUUCCAUUUUCCUGGAAGCCACGUAUCUGUUUGCRUCUAUUUCUUCCACUGGGUGUGUUAUAUAAACGACUCCCCUGUGAAGUAUCCCUUUAGUUAGACUUGUUAGCUAUCAGAAGCAUGCAGAGUGUUUUUUGAAGGUCAUUUUAUCUACAUGACAUUUACCUAUCGUGGACUUUUCGUAUGGUUAGCACCAGAACAAGAAUUGAUCACAAAGAGCUUGCUUCAUAAGUAGGAUCUGCAUUUCAAAUCUGCAGUGGUAUAGAUAUCCAAAGCCUAGUUGUGUGGAAUCUAGGAAGCUUUUGGGAAUAAUAAGUAGAUAUACCAUGGCAGCCGAGAAGCAUUGGUACAWGAAUGGACACUCCUUAUUCGAAACGGCUGAAGCCUCGUUGCUACAGAUCUUUUCAAACUGUCAUUCAAAACACYGUCAAAAGGAAGCAAUUGAAAAUGGCAUGCACCAUUAUCAAAURAAUGAACCYAAUAAUAAUUCGGACAUGAUUUCUGAAAUGGAAGCCCAUGUUAUUGAAAUUUUGUCCACAAAUGAUCAAUGCACCCUCGUUGAUAUCCGAAAGCGUUUGCCAGCUGUUACCUCWCCAAAAGUUGUUGAGAAUACAAUGGACAGCUUGMAAUCCAAAGGACUMGUGAAGCAUCUUAACUCAAGGCCACAAACUUGGACAUUGACUCCACASUACAAAUGUGGUGAAGAUCUUAAUGGAAUGGCCCAUUUUCAUGGAAGAGGUAGAUCAUUCUCUGAUAUCAUACCGUAUAGAAACUUUGUACAACAAAACGAUCCGCAUCUCCAGGAAAGAGGAGGCAGGCAAGUGAGUAUAACCAUGUCGUCGCGAUCAUUUCAAAACGGAASUUCCGCAUUCUAUAGACAAAGGAAAGUGCCAGAGAUUACAAGAGAUGCAACAACCAAAAGAUGUCGACCACGAGGGCUAAGUUUCAGUGAGGGAGGCAAUAACGAUGAGUCUUUUUACGGACUCAAAAUGMACCCUUUCGACAUUGAUUCUUUUGUAGAAAUUAGUAAGCGCCAAAGUUUCAACGAUGGUUUUGAUCUCACCAAAAGACAUGACCAUCACGUGGCCCUUGACGAGUUUCCUACCGGGAAUGUGAAAAAURCACACAAGCAAAAGGAAAGAUCGCCURUUGCGUAUUACAAACGCGAUCCUGGAGUAAUUGGAGAAGGAAGAACCAUUAAACAUAACCCAAGAAGUAAGAGUCUAGAAGAAACUGGAUUCUGUAGGAACCAAUUAAAUUCAGGUGAUUGCAAUAGGAAUAACGGUGAAAUGCGACCACGAUCAAAAAGCUUUGGUCCACUAGAUGGAGAYACAAAGUCCUGUAGUCUUUGUAAGAUUCCCUUUUCYACGAAACAACAACUGGAAGAACAUUUUCAAAGUACCAAACAUCAGAAUAAAAUAGCAAAAGUUACAUCKGAUCCUUAUUCAAAGUUCUGUGAUUACUGCAAAGUUGGUCUUAACUCAAAAUCCCAGGCAAAAGAGCACUUCUCAAGUGCAAGACACGAGCAAACAGUAGCAAAAUCUCAAAAGGCCCCUAUUCGUGAYCAUCUGCCUAUGAAUUUKGGAAGUAAAGUGUUCCAUCCUCKCAUCCUCACUGUGACCCAGCCUCAGGAUUAUCAAGUAGAGUUAUAUAUGAAAGCCAUGUGUACUAAUUCCGUGUGUUUUUUACCCACCGGAGCUGGGAAUAACCUGGUGUCUGCUUUAAUYGUUGCACAUCUUCUGCAUUUGAACCCCACCCGUCAAGUGAUUUUCCUUGUGGAUCGUGUCCUUCUUGUCGUCCAGCAAAGCGAUUAUCUUAAGUUCGAACUGAAAAAUAUGGAGAUCYCUCAUUCRGCAAAGAAUGACGACCAGAUCACUGCGCCGAGGUUUGGCGGGCAGUACCAGAAUCAUGGUUUSWAKAGACCAAUCCGAAUUGGAGCUAUUUGUGGAGAGAUGAGRAAACUWGAACCAGGCAUUCCAGUUUUUAGCCACGAUAUUCUUGUAGUGACCGCGGAUUGUUAUCGCAACCACGUUAGCAAUGGAACMCUCCGGUUCGAAGACAGCGCCUUGAUUGUUUUGGAUGAAUCUCAUCAUUGCAACAAAGAUCAUCCAUACAAUGUCAUCAUACGAGACCACUACCUUCCCGAUGAGAUCCCGCUUUAUGAUCGUCCGAAGAUCUUAGGGCUWACAGCAUCACCUGCUGGGGAGCCGACACUCGACCGAACCGUCAAGAAAAUCCAACGACUCCUCUCCAAUCUUGGCGGUGCCACACUUUUACCUGUGUCUCUUCCAAUCCAAGAACUUAUCGAAAAGACAAAYCAAUCUGACAUUGUGUGUCACCGCGUCGAAUAUACACCGAACGAGAAGGUUUUSCUAGGUGCCUUGAUGGAAUACGCUACCAARUGCUUCAAUUUAGCUGCUCGAGUGAGUGAGUUUAAGGAGUAUAAGGACGUCUUCCAGCCUUCUUCUGGUGGAAURCUUUCCAAAGAAGACAUUGUUCCUGUUCUAGAAGUUCUUGACAAAUUUGUAAAUCUYUCGAAGCCACGAAACAAGUCAUUCAACUCACUGUUGCACUUCCAGACAAUUUGUGAAGCUAUCUGUGCUCUUCAGGAGUGCGGGGAGAAGUUAGCACUUGAUCGGAUGAUGGAUCUUGUUUAUGAUAGUUCUUAUGGGUUUGAAUGGGCCAUGGAACAAGGUUUGCCUUGUGACGAUCUGAAGUCGUACUUGGAACAAUGCAGCAGCGAAGUUUCAAUCGUUGAAAUGGGAUCCAGUGUCUAUGAACUUGUCGACGUACUGAAUGGAAAAAUCAUCAACGAAGACAAGAGAAUCAGUUCUAGUCUUUUAGCUCUUAUCAUUGUGAGACGAAACCAAACUGCAGUUGGUCUUGCAAAGUACCUCGAUUCUUGUCACCUUCUCCACAAAGGCAUUAGGACAACGGCUCUAGCUGGAUAUGAGACUACGCGGUCAUAUGCAGGAAACCCAWCAGAGAAAAGCGAAACACUAUCAAAAAUUCAUCAAGGUGUUUAUCAGAUYGUCGUGGCCACAUCAGUCAACGAGGAGGUACUAGCGUUACCAGCAAGUAGAYUAGUCGUCCAGUUAGAUCCACCGAACGCUGUAAACGCGUUGGUUCAAAUUCGUUCCUAUUUUAGAGAAACCAACACAACRUUCGCGGURAUAAGCCGUGAUGGAAACUUUCCAAAGAAAGUCAAAGAUCUCUUGUUAAGAGAGAAUAAUAUGAUACAGGCAGUUCAAGCUAUCAAUAGUAAUGACUAUAUGUACUAAGUUAUGACUAGAGUCGGGAAGACAAUUUUGAACUCCAUUUAAUUGUGCGCAGGCGCAAAUGACAAUCUUGUAGAAAGAAACUCAACAAUCUCAGGUGUUUUUCAAUGAGGUAGGUGGUCUUUUUUUAGGCAAUUUUUUAAAUUUUAAAGCGCAAAAAGUAGAAAUUUCAGGACAUCGACAACAAAUCAAUUUGAUUAUGGCGUCUCUUGCUAGACCAGAAUGCUUUGCAGAUUUCGUUCGUAAUAUCACUAAUGCCUUUAUAACAUUAUCAACACGCAAAGUACUGUGGACCAGUAGAWAAUGYACGCAAACGUGCAAAUUGUUUGCUCUGAUCUCAGGAUUUUUUUKUCRCGGUAUAUAUCRGGAUUCCACUGUCUCAAUACGUAGAGGAUGUAAAAAGAUUAAAUUUUGUAUGUGGAAAUUAGGAUACAUUUUAGCCCUUAAUGGUACCAGUUAUUCGUUUAUUAUUUUGUAUAUAAUACCACGAUUGGUARCUUAUGUCAAAUUCAAAAUCACAAUAUUCAAAAAACCUAAUUUCAAUUUUAAUUCAAAGUGUAAAUAGAUUUCGAGGAGGAGCAUGUAAAAAGUUAUUUUUACGGAAUUUGAAAUUUUGCAAUUUUUAAGGAUUUUAACAAAUUUUACAACCAUGCAUAAUGUGGUAUAUUUUCAAGAACUUUUCAACGAGAAAUUUUAGUAACAUCAUUUAUAUCGAUUGGAAAUGCGAUUGAAAACUUAAAGAGUUAAUACCGCAUUUAACUUGUGCAGGAAACAAACUAAGGAUAUAAUAUACAUAUUGUAAAAAUCCAAUAUAAUGCCCUAAUGAAGUGGAUUAACUGAAUGAGUCUUUUAUGACUUCAAUUUUA